AUGAAGGCCUUCUUCGCCAUUCUCUCGGCACUGGUGCCCUUCACUAACGCCAUGACCCUCUCCGGAAACAACGUGGACAUUCUGCGCUCUGCCGAAUCCAUCCUCCACGCUGCACAGGAUCUUCCCAGCAGCGGCAACGACCACACCAUGCACACCAACGACGAUGGUCUCACGUUCCUCACCCACAUUGCCCUCUACUCGGAGGUCCAUGGGAACCUUACCUUCGCGGACACAGAAGUCCGGGCAAGUCACGACGUCGAACCCACAAUCUGGCGUCUCUACAUGGAUUGCCGCGACUAUUCCAAAGGGUUCGAGUUCCAGGCCCUUGACCCCUUCAAUCGCCAGAUCUGGUGGAAUGUCAACUACGACCGAGUAAUUGUCGGUGGGGGCUCGUAUGACAUGGCGGCCCGGUUCCAACUCCGGAUCGGUAGAAAGAAUGACAAGCAGAGUGACGGAGCCGGUACUGAGGACAAGCAUCUGAGCGAUGGGAAUGACGAGCGCCAAUGGAUGUAUAUCAUGAACAAUAACAACGGAUGCAUCUUCUUCAACAAGGACGGCUUGGCCCGGACUGGAACUCUGAGCGCCUGCCACCCCAUUAAGUUCAAGCAGAUUGACGAGAAAGAAUUGCCCAUCUGGGAGGACCCGCUCAAGGCCUGUUCUUCUUAA